UGUUGCAGAAGGCAGCUUUGCGUUUUCUUCGUUAUCUUUAAUUGUGUGGAAGUAGAACACGCGAGAUUUUGUUUGCUUCUGCAAAUUAAAUUACAUCAAGGUAGAUCAGUACGUUUUGUCAUCUUUUACGCUACCAUUAGUCCUAGUUUCGAAGCGAUGGCGGAAAGGCUGAGAUCCAAGUGUACGUCGUACAAGGACUGUCAAUCCUCUGCAGGGAAACGCUGUCUCUGGUCCCAUACGAGACCCUAAGUAUUUAUCCGAGCGAUGAAAAUUCUUCAGUCUUCAUGUGUCAUUGCUACUUUGUUGCCUUACCCCUACGUUGUAGUCCUUCUUCAGUUCAAACAAGUUGUUUACUUUUUGAAGUGCAGUUAACCCAUUCAUUUACAAAAUGAGAAGAUUUAUGUAUUGCAAGGUGGUCCUUGCUACCUCCUUAGUGUGGGUGCUAGUGGAUGUGUUUCUUCUACUAUACUUCAGCGAAUGCAACAAGUGUGAUGAGAAGAAAGACAGGUUGUUGCUUCCUGCUUUAAGAGCUGUUAUAUCAAGAACACAGGAAGGACCUGGAGAAAUGGGAAAAGCUGUCAUUAUUCCUAAAGACAAUCAGGAAAAAAUGAAAGAGCUAUUUAAAAUUAACCAGUUCAACCUCAUGGCCAGUGAUAUGAUUGCAAUGAAUAGAAGUCUGCCAGAUGUUAGGCUAGAGGGCUGCAAGACUAAGAUUUACAGUGAUGACCUCCCAAAUACUAGUGUUGUAAUAGUCUUUCACAAUGAGGCCUGGAGUACUUUACUUCGAACAGUUCACAGUGUCAUUAACCGAUCUCCAAGGCAUUUGCUUGAAGAAAUAUUGCUCGUGGAUGAUGCAAGUGAAAGAGAUUUUUUAAAAAGAAAACUGGAAAAUUAUGUUCGCAAUUUGGAGGUUCCAGUGAGAAUCAUUCGGAUGGAACAACGAUCUGGUUUAAUUCGUGCAAGACUUCGAGGAGCUGCUGCUACAAAAGGCCAAGUCAUCACUUUUUUAGAUGCACAUUGUGAAUGUACUGUGGGGUGGCUUGAGCCUUUAAUGGCAAGAAUUAAAGAGGACAGGAAAACCGUUGUUUGCCCCAUAAUUGAUGUGAUUAGCGAUGACACAUUUGAAUACAUGGCUGGGUCAGACAUGACAUAUGGAGGUUUUAACUGGAAGUUGAAUUUCCGCUGGUAUCCUGUGCCACCAAGAGAAAUGGACAGAAGAAAAGGUGAUCGAACUCUACCUGUCAGAACACCUACAAUGGCUGGUGGCUUAUUUUCAAUUGAUAGAAAUUAUUUUGAAGAAAUCGGAACAUAUGAUUCAGGAAUGGAUAUAUGGGGUGGUGAAAACUUAGAAAUGUCUUUUAGGAUUUGGCAGUGUGGGGGGUCCUUGGAAAUUGUUACAUGCUCUCAUGUUGGUCAUGUUUUCCGGAAAGCUACUCCAUACAGUUUUCCUGGAGGAACAGGUCAUGUCAUCAAUAAAAAUAACAGACGACUGGCUGAAGUCUGGAUGGAUGAAUUUAAAGACUUCUUUUACAUCAUAUCACCAGGUGUAGUUAAAGUAGAAUAUGGAGAUGUUUCAAUACGGAAAGCUCUACGAGACAGACUUCAGUGCAAACCAUUUUCAUGGUACCUUGAGAAUAUUUAUCCAGAUUCACAGAUACCGAGAAGAUACUACUCACUUGGUGAAAUUAGAAAUGUGGAAACCAAUCAAUGUUUAGACAAUAUGGGAAGAAAGGAGAAUGAAAAAGUUGGCAUGUUCAACUGUCAUGGAAUGGGAGGAAACCAGGUCUUUUCUUAUACAGCUGACAAGGAGAUAAGAACAGAUGACCUGUGCCUGGAUGUUUCAAGACUUAAUGGUCCCAUUGUAAUGCUAAAAUGCCACCAUAUGAGAGGGAACCAGCUGUUUGAAUAUGAUGCACAGAUGCUGACACUUCGUCAUGUCAAUAGCAACCAGUGUCUAGAUGCCCCUUCUGAAGACGACAAAAUGGUCCCCACCCUGAGAGACUGCAGCAGCAGCAGUCGGUCACAGCAGUGGCUGCUUCGAAAUAUGACGUUGAGCUCUUGAAGUUCAUCAGUGACUGUAGCGAAUGAAAUCCCUCCACUUCAUCUCCACAGUGCUUUUGAGCUGAACACUUACUAUGUAUACUGUCCUUCUUGAAAACCGAAAAUUGCCUGAAAAGGAGAUAAACACUAGUAGCUCAAAUCAACUGUAGCAGUGCUUUGUGCAUUUGUGAUAAAUCAAAAGGAGAAGCGGUUUAUUACGAGGAUGAAACAGUGAAUUCUAAAUACUGUUUAAUAGACAAGAGCAUACUGGAUUGGUCUGACAGAUUAGGUAAUGAUAUUCAUUACAACUUGGGAGAGAUCACACACUGUCUUGCCUUAAAAGAUUAACAAUAUACAAGAAGAGUGUCAGUGGCUUACCGUAGGCCAGUGUGGAGAGAACGAUGUAAGUUGUCUUAAAUUCACUUUCAAUUUUAAGGUUUAAUUAGUCAAUAAUGUGUAUUUUGUAAUAGAGUUACAAAUACACUCAUGCAAACAAAAAGUAUCUUACUUAUUGUAAUUUUAUUGAGGGCAUAAUUGUUUGGAUUUAUUGCUUUUUAAUGUAAGCCAUAUUUGUGUAAAACUAAAAAGGGGGGUUACAUUUUUCACAUUAGCUAUUUUGUUUCCAUGUGAUCCGUAUUGUACAGUGUUGCUCGUGUAAAGUCUAGUCACAGGUUGGCUGCAGGUCAUUUUCAUCUGCAGCCAACCCUCGUUGUUAGUGGAACUUUUCAUUCAAUUAGACAUUUUGUCUCAGCCCUCAAUGUCAGAUUUUGGACUUUUUAAUGUAGUUUGAGUCUAAUUUGGGCAUAUAAUUCAGACACGUGUGUUUUUAGUGCACAGAAGCCUCUUGGUUCUGUACAUUUUAUUCACUUUCUGGUUGAUAGUUUCCUUUUUCCUUAUCCAACAGGAAAUUAAGGGGGUAGCCGAUAGCUAAGGUACCUUGCCGCAUUUGUACCUGUAAGAAUGUAUUACAGAUUAAUUCUUUUGGUAAUUAUUUGAAAGAAGUGAAGGAAAAUAUUUGACGAUUCAGGGAAGUUAAUGUACUUUGGAAAAACUGAAAUCCAGACUGGUAGAAAUUUCUGAUUAGACGUAACUAAAGACGUAAUCUUUUUGACAUUUGGGCUCAUUAUGACUGGUACCAGAGCCACUGUCUCUGACCCCAAAUUAUUUUUAUUUUUUUACUUAUAUAAAGUUUAAGGUAGCUCCUUCACUUCACAGGAAUCCAACAUCAAUACCGUUCUUAGAUAUCUAAUAAGCAGCCCGCACCUUCCCAAAGCUACAGUAGUAUUAGAAGUUAUUCAUAUUUUUUGCUGUUUACAUUUUGAAAUGUAGCAAGUAACAAAAUAUCAUUACAUAAUAUUCAAUGUAGACUUUAUCCAGAAUUACCCAUUUUUUACUUCUGGGUUGUGAUGUAAGUAAUUGAAUUACACUGGUCAGCAACAGUUUUGUCCCAAGUAGUCUAUGCAUACUUUAAAUAUAAUGCUGAAUCCAAAUAUGAGAGCACCAUCUUAUUUUAGCACCAUUUAGCAUCAUCGCAGAAUAAUAUUAAUAAAUAAGUACAUAUUUUUCAAAUGUUAAUCAUUAUUACAUUAAAAAAAUUCUUAGUUCAUUAAUUUAGACUGUUGGCAAUGAACACAACAUGAAUGAGUUACACUUGUUCAUCGAUUCCUCAAAAGUCAGUUUGGAAGUUGUCCUUUCCCAUAACGGAAAUUAAUUCCCUUCUGUGUCUUUAGCAAACACUACUAAUGUGAAAGGGUAGUAUGAAAGCAUGAAGGAAUUUUUAGAAAACAUUCAGUAUUCAAAAAUAUUUAAGUGGAAUAUCUGUGGAGAUCCAAAGGAGAUUGCACUUUUUGUGAGUGGGACAGUAGGGACUAGAAGAGAAACUCUAUUCAAAAAGACAUACUUGUUUCAAGAAAAUGUGUCCCACUUAUUGACCCUAAGAAAGUGGACCUUUCUCCUCUGCCUAUCAAUCUUGGACUUAUGAAAAGCUUUGUUAAAGCAAUGGAUAAAACACGAACCGGAUUCACAUUGUUUAGAAAAAAAUGUCCCCAAAUCAGCGAUGCCAAGAUUAAGUUAUGGCAUUUUUGUAGGUUGUCAUUUCAAAAAAGUGUCAAGAGGUUUGAAGAAGAGUUGAAUGAAGUUGAGAAAGCUGCUGAGCAAAGCUUCAAAAGUGUCUGCACAAGCUUUAUUGGGAAAUUGUGAGUCUGAACACCAUCCAGAAGUAGCGAGUGACCUUCCCAAGUCAUGCCAAACAAUGGGGUGCAGUAUGUCACUGAAGGUUCAUUUCCCGGAGUCUUAACUGGACUUUUUACCAGAAAAGUUUUGUGUGGUCAGUGAUGAAUGAUUUCAUCAGAACAUUUCCAAAAUGCCAGAAGCAUUAACAAAGCAAGGGGAGGCCCAGUAUGCCAGCUGAUUACUGCUGGACUCCUAAAAGAGUUGUUCCUGAGGCGAAAUACAACGGAAAAUCAAAAACGUCAAAGUAGUAGAUGGUGCAUUUUCAUUUUAAUAUACAUGUAAUUAUAUUAUAUUCUCAAAUUUAACUUGCACACCUCUCUAAAACCUUUCGUGACAGAGAAAUUCUAAAGAAAAAAACAUAUUUGGAUUAAGCACAAACAAGUUGUAGGAAAAAAAAUAUAUAUACUUUUUUUGUUGACUAGUGUUAUUCUUAUAAAGUUUAUGUCCACUUGCAUACCCAAGAGACUAUACAUAAAUUAAUAAUAUGGUACGGGUAAAAUGUAACACAGAAUGAAAUGCAGCACAAGCAGAAAGUAUUGCAUUCAACGCCAUUAAAGAAAAAUGCAAUAUACACAAUUAAAUCUACAAUUUGUAAUUGUUUCAUGAGUGUUGAAAGGAUUUUGUUGUCCCAGAUUGUUCAGUCCUGGACCAACCGCGCAUCAGGACAAACAACAGCAUUUACAGGAGAGAACAGCAAAGGUCAAAUAAUAGCAGCCUGCUUCUUUGUUCCUAUUUUGAAGAAUGAUAAAAAAAGACAAUGAUUUUUCUCCACUCCAUUAUUUAUGAAAGAGAAUUGCUAGAGGAGGGGGAUAAGGUAAUGUUGGCCUCUUUUAACAUCUACUUAGAGAAAAUAUCCUUUUGGAAUUGUGAAUAACACAAGCAGUCUUUGAGAUUUUCAUCACAUUGGAGGCUCCUUUUGAAAACUGGCAAUCUGGAUUACUAAACCAAGCAAAGGAUUUUAAGAACAGUUUGGGGUAAUGAUGCAGCCCCUGGUUAGUAUUUCAAGUUUGCAUCUCAAACAAUGAGCUUCCUGCUUUAGACCUUGUGUUCCAUUAACAGCAAGAGCGGCCCUCUAAAUAAGAGUUUGGUUGGAACUUUAAUAACCCAAGGCCGCACUAUCCCUUUAGGACUAUCCCAGCAGUCAGUUUUAGAGAACAGAUAUUUAAUGGCUAUUAAAAAAAUCGAUCUAUAUAUAAUUGUGUCUUAGUGACACUCUAGAGCUGAGUUCCACGCAUCUUUAAUCCUUAUCAGCGGUCAGGUUCAUUAAGCAAAUCACUAAUCCAUAUCUGUUCCAAGGUUAAAGCACAUUAUGUGCUUGUCAUAGGGUGAGGAUUACUGGCCCAAUUAAACGUCCAGGAUCCCUAACCUACCGUGACCACUUCUGUUAUGCAACUGCGUCAUUAACCCCAGCUCUCAAAUUAAUUAUUGUUCAAUAAAUAAUCAUUAUACGGACUCGCUCGCUCAGGUCACACACCAUAAUACACAGUUGCUUCUGGCCCAGGCAAAACCUGAUCCAAUUUUCUGACAAUUAUUUUCCUGCCAGUUCUACAGUGCUGCCCAUCUUGGUCAUACAUUAGCCGAGGAUUGGUGAGGUUGAAAAUUUUAAUUAGCUUUGCAGCCUGUUUUCAGAUGCUCGCACCCCUACAAUAGAAUUAAAAAACUAAAAAAUGCUGUAGUGUUUGGAAAUUAAUGUUCUGGACUCUCCCAUCCUGUUAUUUGUAUGCAGGAUGAUAAAGAGUUGUACUGUACGUUUGUUAAAUCUGUGAAGGCUGACUAACAUAUUUUAUAUUUUCCUUCAGCUACAUGUCUUUUUGAUUGAAAGUUCUUAAAAUUUGGUGUGUGAAUUCAGGGAUUGUAUCAACUUUAUGAAUUCAGGGGUUGUAUGAACUUUAUGUUACAGCAUGCUUCAAACAGCAUUACAAGAAGAAAAGUAAAUACUAUCUUUAUGGCCCACUUCCAAAUCCUCUUGCUAUUUACAUGGGCUCAAACUACAAAGCAUACAAAUAAAGGUACGUGCCUUCUCAGUGAGCACACGAUUCUCCGUUCAACCGGUCUCGCCUGACAGGACUCAGGGCUGUCUGCCUCUUCUGCCCCAACCUCUUGACAUCCUCAUAAAACCUAGGGUUACACCUAACCAGUUCAAAACGUCUAGAAUGAACUUGUUUUGCUAUAUAUGAAGAUAUUUAAUUUGGAGAUAAAGACAAUGAAGAUAAUUUAAAUAUUCAGAAGUGUAAAUGGUGACAUCAUCUGUGACUAUAUUGAUUGACUUCCUUGUUGUUAACCCAGAGUGUUUCUCGGGCUUGGAAUUCUAUGUAAAAACGGUUAACCCCGAGUAUCUCUUAGGUCAGGCAGUAUUGUUUGUGUGUACAGUGUUAAGACCGGUCAACACUCUGGACAGUACUUUGCUGCCAUCUAGUGGAUAAAAUAACAUCAUGCUUCAAAAAAAUCAUUAAUAUUUCUAUUUUCCCACUCUAUAGUAACUCAUAAAUAAUCAUGGAGCCUUCAACUAAAACACACAAUGGUGGGUAAAGAAAAAAAUAUUAAAACCAUUUUAGAACAAACUGAAACUGAAUCAGUAGUUGAAUCAAGCGAUAGUUGUGACAAUGUAAAUGGGCUGACACCGAUAGUAAAACUGAUGCGUAGGGCGGUGUAUGACCAGACAGCCAAUUUGGUCGAAUGAAGCUUCAGAGUGGCAAAAAAGUAAAAUAUUGCGAUCUGGAGAAAGAACAAGAGAGAUCUUCGCCUCCUAAGUACUGUUCGCAAUGUUCAUGUCAGGGGAAAUGUGGAAGUCUUGCAGUGUGGUAGAGUACAAUAACCCAGUGGGUAGCGUCAAUUGUGUGGAACAGGCAGUGUCAUUCUGCCAUCUCAUGGACAAUCAGCAGAAAAAUAUUAUAAGAAAAUGUUAAAGAAACACGCAUCUGCUGCCCCAGUUACAACAGUCAGGCUGUGUGUUGGUGACUGUUUGUGAAAAUAUAUCGCACACAGGAUGUGUACUAAAUCUGCAUCAGUACAGCGGUGUGCACUCAACAGACUUUCUUACUGCAUUUAUGUUAACGUUUGGUAUUAACAUGUUUCUGUUACAAAUAAUACCAUUGAAACAAAUUCUACAAUUUUGGCACCUUUUUCCACGGUGAAACAUAAUGCUACGGAGGCUAGAACUACAUUUUUAGUGACUUUUUGUCAUGAUUUUUGUGCAAUUUGUUUCAUCGAUAUUUUUAACAGAAUACAACUAUAUCACUGUAGAAAUAUUUUUUGAAUGUGAUAUUUUUUUUUUUUUGUUUUUUGCCUGCUUUACCAACCAGUUUGAUGUUCUACAAUUUGAUGUGGGCUUAUGUUUGUCAAAUGUUGAUGUGACUGCUUUGUUUGAGACAUCAUAAUCUGAACGUCCUCUGUUUCUACAUGAGUGUAAAUUGAUGAAGCUAUACAAUAUAAAUGGCUCAGGUUCUGAAAAUAAGAAAUGGUUAUUUUGUAUUGUGAUUCACUGCAAAUCGUACGAUGGUAGCUAAUUUAUCAUUUGCCUGUCCUUAACAGUGACAAGAGCUGCAGAACAAACACUAGUCCAGCUAUGUGACUGUGUUCGCCAGUCAGAGUCAGUCCUGGCUUUGCCAGAACCCAUUUAUUAGCACGUUUUAUUAAUUGCGCAAAAGUAAUUCUGUUGUAAAUAAAUCCUUUUAGUCAGAAUACAGAGAAGCAUUGUAUAUACGUAAAGUAUUUUUCUAUAAACUCACAUCAUCCAGAAAGUACUAGCCCUACAGGACACUGAAACUGAUUUAUAUAUCACUAUCGACUUUACUCUUGCAAAAAAUGUACAUAGAUAUUGCUUUCUAAAUAUCUGGGUUGUUAAAACAUUUUUAAGUACCUUCAUGAAUAAACUUUUUAAGAACAGAUAGAAUUGUGAUAAUGCACUUCUACAAGUAUAAAUCAGAAGGUAUCAGACAAUAGUAUUAUAUAUAUAUAUAUAUAUUACAUUUACACAUAUGCAUUUUGUCUAUAUUUUUUGUAUCUAAAAACCUUCAAGUGAAAAAAAAACAAAAUAUUUUGGGUCUUUUAUGUGACCCAUUUGCUGCUAUUAUCUGUGCAUGUUAUAUUAACUGACAAAUUAAUUUGUACAAAGAAUCAAAGCUGAUUGUCGUACCAGUCAAUAAGUGAUGUUAGUUCUGCCUGCUGUAAAACUGAAUAUUUGUAUAUUUGUAUCUUUUUGUAGAAUUAAAGUUUACAAGUUUAAUUCUAGA